GGUGCGCGCGGUGGCGGCGGCAGCGGCGGCGGCGCGUGGCAGGUCCGGCGGGCGCGAGGCGGCGGCGGAGGCCCGAGCCCGGCCCAGCCUCGUCCCGCCCGGGGCCCGCCUGGCUGCUACCCCGACCCCGGCUCCGGUCCCGUCCUGCCCCGGCGCGCCGCGGCCUCGCCCCGGCCCCCGCCCGGCGCCUCCCGAGGGAGCGGCGCUGCCGGCCGAGAGCGCAGGCCCGGCCAUGACCGACUUCAAAUUGGGUAUCGUGCGGCUCGGCCGGGUGGCCGGGAAGACCAAAUACACGCUGAUCGAUGAGCAGGACAUCCCGCUGGUGGAAAGCUACUCCUUUGAGGCCCGAAUGGAAGUGGAUGCAGAUGGAAAUGGUGCUAAGAUAUUUGCCUAUGCCUUUGACAAGAACCGAGGAAGGGGCUCUGGGAGACUCCUUCAUGAACUGCUGUGGGAGCGGCACCGGGGGGGCGUGGCCCCGGGCUUCCAGGUGGUACACCUCAACGCUGUGACUGUGGACAAUCGCCUGGACAACCUGCAGCUGGUGCCGUGGGGCUGGCGGCCCAAGGCUGAAGAGACCUCCAGCAAACAGAGGGAGCAAAGCUUGUAUUGGCUUGCAAUUCAGCAGCUGCCUACAGACCCUAUAGAAGAACAGUUUCCUGUCCUAAAUGUGACCCGGUACUAUAAUGCCAACGGGGAUGUAGUGGAAGAGGAGGAGAAUUCUUGCACCUACUACGAGUGCCACUACCCUCCCUGCACGGUGAUUGAGAAGCAGCUCCGGGAGUUCAACAUCUGUGGGCGCUGCCAGGUGGCCCGGUACUGUGGCUCCCAGUGCCAGCAGAAGGACUGGCCAGCCCACAAGAAGCACUGUCGGGAGAGGAAGCGUCCCUUCCAGCAUGAGCUUGAGCCAGAGCGAUGACGGGCGGGAGAGCCGCACACACUCGCAGCCCCCGGGCUCUACCCUGGGCACAGCAGAGACAGACUGGUGGUUGAACCUGGAGGUGCCGAAAAAGCCAGCUGCGGGCCCAGGACAACCGCUGUGAGACUCCCGAUGUCACAGGCAGUCUGUGUGGUUAUAGCGCCCCUCAGUGUUCAUCUCCAGCAGAGACAACGAAGGAGGCUCCCACCAGGACGGUUCUCAUUAUUUAUAUGUUAAUAUGUUUGUAAACUCAUGUACAGUUUUUUUUGGGGGGAGGCAAUGGGAAGGGUAGAAAUUACAAAUAGAAUCAUUUGCUGUAAUCCUCGAAUGGCAAACGGUCAGGCCACGUGUCUAAAAACUGUCCUGUAGCUGAAGCUUCUCCCCUGGGCCACGGGAGCCCCAUGGAGCGCGGCCUGCACAGGAGUUGUGUCCACAAAGGCAAAGUAAAGGGGUGGAAUCAUC